GUUUUUUAAAUGAACAAGGACAAGUUCGAUUUAAUUGGUCGUUAAUUUCAUAAAUGAUUCAGAAUCAGUCUGUAAAUCAAGUAAAUAAUAAUCAAACAAAGCGUAGCUCAUAUGCAAAUUAUAGCAAGCAACUUCAAAAUACAACAACAUCUAGCCAACAAUCACACCAACAACAGAUUUGGCUAUCAUCUUUACCAGCUGGUUGGAAGCGUGAAGAAUGUAUGCGACCAAAUGGAUUAGGCACUGGCAAAUCAGAUGUUUAUUAUAUUAGUCCUCAGAAUCAAGUUGUACGAAAUAAGCAAGAAAUGCAGACGAUCUUAGGUGAUAAAUAUGAUAUUGGUCUGUUCGAUUGGAGAACCGGUAAAUUUACAAUGAAUAACAACACCAGUAAUAAUAACAUUAAUAAGUCCAAAAAAGUGGAAGAACCAGCUACAGACAUGUCAUCAGUAUCAUCACCAGCGACUAAAGUUCCACGUGUAGAUAAUCAGUGUAGUUUACCAAUGAGACGGUGUCCAUUCUUGAUAUCGAAUGACAUUAAGCCAGUUAUUGUACGUUCUCAUCCUGAAUGUAAACGAACAGAUGUGAAAAAUACCAAUCAAGAAACACCUCACCAGUUAUUUUGGGAAAAACGAUUAGCUGAUCAUAUGGCUAUUGAUCCAGACACUGGGGAAUCUUUCAAACCAAUUUCUUUGCCCAAAGGAAUACAAAGUGCUGGAGUACCAGGUUACCAACCUACCCAACUAAUCCAAAGUUUAGUAUAUGCGUUAUCAUCAUCCUCUAAGAGUUCGCCCAUUAUUGGUCAAGAACAACAACCUUCAGCUAUUGAGAAAAAUCCUUGUGUUGUGAUAAACCAUUUACAGCCAAUGAUUAAAACAUUUAUUGUAACCGAUGAUGAUAUACGCCGACAAGAAGCUCGUGUGAAAGAACUACGAAAGAAACUGGAAACUGCAAGAAAAAAGUUGCAUCCUCGAUAUGAAACUGAACGAGAAGGAUAAACAUAUUUGUGCUUGUGUGUUUGUCUGCCAGCCGGUGAACAGUUGUUCAUUUGUCAUUGUUAAUACCUCUCUAUCUUUCUGUCUAUGUUUGUUAUUACCCGAUUGUAUAAACGGUUAUAGUAGUGUUAAUGUCAUUAUUGUUAAUGCGUUCUUCUUGUCAAGGUUCUAUUGUUGCUUUGGUCCUCUUGUACAAAACUGAAUAUAUGUUUUAUUUGUAUGCACUUGUGCAUAUAAAACUUCUAUUGGUUUUAAUACAACGUACUUUUUCU